AUGGCUAAAUACACAAAUAUUUUACUACUUUAUGUAGUUCUUUUCGCUUCUUGUUUGAUUUCUUUUGCUACUGAAGUCACGUAUGAUGAUCGAGCUUUAAAAAUUAAUGGCGAAAGAAAAAUUAUAUUGUCUGGUUCCAUUCAUUAUCCUCGUAGCACUGCAGAGAUGUGGCCAUCUUUGAUCAAGAAAGCUAAGGAGGGAGGUCUUGAUGCAGUUGAGACUUAUGUUUUUUGGAAUGCUCAUGAGCCUGUAUAUCGUCAGUAUGAUUUCUCGGGCAACUUGGAUCUUGUAAAGUUUAUGAAAUUAAUACAAAAUGAAGGACUUUAUGCCAUAUUGAGAAUUGGUCCAUACGUUUGUGCUGAAUGGAAUUACGGAGGAUUUCCAGUUUGGUUAAACAACAUACAAAAUAUGACUGUUAGGACCAACAAUCCUCCGUUUAUGUAUGAGAUGAAGACUUUUGUCAGCAAGAUUGUUGACAUGAUGAAAAAAGAAAAUCUUUUUGCUUCUCAAGGUGGACCAAUUAUACUCUCUCAGAUUGAAAACGAAUAUGGCAAUUGGAAAGUUGAAUCUGAAUAUGGAAAUGAUGGGAAAAUAUAUAUUCAAGAGUGUGCAAAAUUUGCUGUCUCUCUUAAUAUUGGUGUCCCUUGGAUCAUGUGUCAACAAGAUGAUGCUCCAGACCCCAUGAUCAAUACAGCAAACGGUUAUUAUGCUGAUAACUUUUAUCCUAAACGCAAAAUUCCCAAGAUGUGGACCGAGAAUUGGACUGGCUGGUUUAAAGACUGGAAUAAUGGUAGAGAUCCUCAUAGAACUGCUGAAGAUGUUGCAUUUGCUGUUGCUCGUUUUUUCCAAAAAGGUGGCACAUUGCAGAAUUAUUAUAUGUAUCAUGGUGGAACUAACUUUGGCCGUGUAGCUGGAGGACCUUAUAUUACCACAACUUAUGAUUAUGAUGCACCCCUUAAUGAAUAUGGACAACUAAACCAGCCUAAAUAUGGACAUCUCAAGGAACUUCAUGAAAUACUUAAAUCAGUUGAGAAACUUCUCACAUAUGGCAAUGCAACACAAAAAGCUUAUGGUGAUGAUGAUUGGCAUACUGUGUAUGAAUACCAAGGCUCAAGGGUAUGUUUCUUAGCCAAUGCAAAUGACAAAAAUGAUCGGAUAUUCAAUUUUGAAGGCAAAAACUACACUGUUCCUGCUUGGUCAGUUAGUAUUCUUCCUGAUUGUGUCAAUGUCAAAUAUAAUACAGCAAAGGUUAAUGUUCCAAAAAAGGUCAUGGUGAGAAAACCAAACAAUGCUGACAAUCCCAAUGGCUUAAAUUGGAGUUGGAGAGCUGAGAAACCUUCACAUCUUAAGCCUUCUUUUAUUAACAUUAAAAAGAAAGGUGUUUUAUAUGCCAAUCAACUUCUUGACCAAAAAAUUGUGGCAAAUGAUACUAGCGACUAUUUAUGGUACAUGACAAGUGUGGAUAUCAAAGAAUCUGAUCCACUUUAUGGUGGUGAAGCUGUUCUUGAAGUUCAUACUGAUGCACAUGUUCUUUAUGCAUUUUUCAAUGGCAAGCAUAUUGGGACUAAAUGGGCGAAAGAUGGAAAGUAUAGUUUUGACUUUCAGCAACUUUUGAAGAUCAAACCUGGAAAGAACACAUUAUCUCUCCUUAGUGUCACUGUUGGAUUUCCAAAUUAUGGAGCCUACCUUGACAAGGUGAAGAACGGAAUUCUUGGUCCAGUUGUGUUGAAAUCACCAAGUGGUGUUGUGAAAGAUUUAACAAAUAACCAAUGGGAAUACAAGAUUGGUUUAGAAGGACUUGAAAGAAAGCUUUGGGAAGAUGAAGAUUACAUGCAUAGAAAUUGGAAACCAGCUCAAACUCUCCAAACAAACAGAAUGUUUGUAUGGUAUAAGACAACAUUCAAGACUCCAUCUGGUGAUGAUCCUGUUGUGUUGGAUAUGAUGGGAUUAGGAAAAGGUACAGCUUGGGUAAAUGGAAAUAAUAUUGGUAGAUAUUGGCUAACUUCUUAUGAUUUUGAGAAAGUGAAUGGCUGUAGUAGUUCAUGUGAUUAUCGUGGUAAUUAUCAUCCUGAGAAAUGUGCAACUAAUUGUGGACAACCUACUCAACGCUGGUAUCAUGUACCAAGAUCUUUCUUGCGUAAGAGUGACAACAAUUUGGUUAUAUUUGAGGAGUUUGGUGGUCACCCUGCAAAAGUAAAUGUUCAAACAGUUUCACAAGAGUAG